GUCGUUUUCAGAUGAGUCCUCUUUUUAGAAUACCAUUGAAAUUCCAUCAUAGCCCAGAGAUUUGGUCCAGGCUAACGCUUUGGCGCCACGCAUCUACAAUUAUGGCACAUCCUGUUGUCCGUCAGCCAGCAGCAAAUGACGCGCAUGGGGGUGAUACAACUCGUGCAGAAUUGCAGACAAUCAAAACUAAAUCCUUGGCUCUGUCGCCGAGUGAAGAUGAUGCUGCCAUUCGCCGAAAGUACCGCCCAUUCAUUCUCAGCGACGAUACAGCGGACGACUGGAUCAGUAUCUUAGAAUUGACAAGCGUCCUGGAUAUGGCUGAGAAUGAUUUGCGGAAUACAAAUGACAGACUGAAGGUCUUGGUACUGUAUGGAAGCCUGCGCCGAAGGUCAUACUCGAGGCUUGUGGCAUUUGAAGCUUGCCGGAUCCUCUUCCGGCUGGGCUGUGAUGUGCGUGUGUUCGAUCCUGAGGGACUGCCAGUGAAGAACGACACCGACCAUGGUCAUCCCAAGGUCCAGGAGCUCCGUGAGCUCAGUAAAUGGAGCGAUGGGCAUAUCUGGGUCACGCCUGAACAGCACGGCAAUCUGACGGCAGUCUUCAAGAAUCAGAUUGAUUGGAUUCCUCUGAGUAGCGGAAGCGUCCGUCCGACUCAGGGCCGAACGCUUGCGAUUGCCCAGGUGUGUGGUGGAUCACAAUCAUUCAAUGCGGUCAACUCCUUGCGUAUUCUUGGUCGCUGGAUGCGGAUGUUUACUAUCCCUAAUCAGUCCUCGAUUCCCAAGGCAUAUACACACUUUCCAGCAGAAGGACAGCCGGGAGACCAAAGGCUCAUCCCCAGUAGUAACCGGGACCGUCUGGUGGAUUGCAUGGAGGAAUUUGUCAAAUAUACGAUCUUGAUGCGGCCCCACAUGUCUCUUUUUGGCGACCGAUUCAGUGAACGAGAGGAAAAAAGACUGGCUGAAGCAAAAAGGAAUAUAUCUCGGCCUACAUAAAAUAGAGGUAGUACAUUACGUACUGGCCGGCGUUGAACAGCAUGAGCAUAAGGCUGUCCUUUUCUGGGGGGGUGGGAACGGAGACAUGACCAUCGCAAUGAUGCAACACAUUCCUACAUGGUUGAAGUCUCUGUUUCCUGAUCUUGCGCCACUGCGAACUAUCCAAUAUUCAACCGUCGUCAAUAUGAGAUUCAAUCUAGAACCGGGUUGUAACAUCUAUGCGAUCCUCCCCUACCAUAGUAGUCAGUCACAUGAGGUCAUUGGAUCAAUGCUGUAGAUUCAGAAUUCA